UUUUUUUUAUAUAAAAUCUUGUUUUUCUUAUUUUUCAUUAUUUUUUUUUCCUUUGUAACUUUAUUGUUUUUAUUUAUUUUAUCCCAUUAACAUUCACACAUUUCAACAUUUGUCAAGAUGGCCCUUAGACUUUUAACUACUACUCGUGGCAUUGCUCGUUCAUAUAUGCCUACUAUAGUUCGUAAGUCCGCUACCAUGACUGUCUUCCGGGGUUUUGCCACAAAGAAAUAUACCCUUGACCAUGAAUGGAUUUCUGUUGAUAAUGGUGUCGGCACCUUUGGUAUUACUGAUUAUGCUCAAAAAGCUUUAGGUGAUGUUGUAUUUGUUGAAACUCCUACUGUAGGUCAAACUGUUGAAAAACAAGAGCAAGUAGGUGCUAUUGAAUCUGUAAAGGCAGCAAGUGAUAUUUAUUCGCCUGUUUCUGGUGAAGUGCUUGACGUGAAUGAUGAAUUAUCUAAUGAACCUUCCUUAAUUAAUUCUAGUCCAGAAGAAAAUGGUUGGUUGGCAAAAAUUAAACUUUCAAAUGAAUCCGAACUUGAUGAUUUGAUGGAUGAAAAGGCUUAUAUUGCUCACUGUGAAGCUGAUGAUGACCAUUAAUUGUACUUUCUUCUAUUCUCUAUCCUCUCUUUUUUUUUUUUGGUUCCUUAAUAAAGAACCAUAGUGUAUGGCAUGUAUUAUAAAAUAAGUA